AAACGAGGCAGAAUUAGGCCUUCAAACUUAUGCAAGCAAAGUAAAACAGUGCAGUGCGUCGAAAUUCUGUAAUAUUUUGGAUAUAAAAGCAAUGAAAACGUUAUAAACUGUGGAUGAAAAUAUAAGCCGAUAUGGGAAAUAGGAUUGAGCUUUUCAGGGUUGGAUUAUAUGUUCUCUUCCCUGUUGCCAUAUUUUACUACUUUAAUUUACCAGAAAAUCAAGAUGACUAUCUUGAGAAACGGAAGAGAGAAAUUUAUCCACCAUUUGAAGAAACAAAUGUACCACCAAAAACAUCAGAAGAAAGAAAAAAGUACAGAGAAUUAACGCUUAAUGAACGUCCAAGUUUUAGAGCCAAUAACUUAUCUGAUAAGUGAUUUAGGAUUUUUUAGUGUGUGUAUGUCAGAUUCUGACUCUGUGUGGACACUUUAGUUUUAUUGUUUCAUACUUAAUGAACAUUUUUCAAAAAUAAUUGAGCAGUGUAACAAUUUAGUAGCAAAGCUGAAAAGUUUGGCAAAUUUCAUAUACUUUUCUAAGAGAAAAACUGGAAAAAAUGUGUAUCUUGCUCCUUCAGUUUAUUUUUAAAUAUGAUCUAUUACCUAAUGGAUUUAUCAGAUCCAAAUUAUGCAUUAAGAAGAAAUUUAUUAAAAAUGUUUGUUGUGUUUUGUUAAAUGUUUGUUGCAACAAUUGUUUACAUGUUGUUAAGCUCAAAUUAAAAGUAAACAACUCUUACUAUUCACAGCAAACUCUUUAUUCGUAUUUUUCAUUUUUCAGUUACCGGCUGUUAUAUUUCUGUAGAAUACUGUCAUGAGAAUCUUUGGGCUGCACAUUUUUUGUAAAAUCUCCUAGAAUUGACUGAACUUAUUCUUGUAGCUUCUGCAGAGAAUCGAUUGCCAUUAGUGAUUUUAAAAUCA